CUACGAUUAAACGUAAGAAGAAGAGAGGUUUGUCAAACUUUGUUAACAUAACCUAUCAAAUUUGCUAUGUUUAAAAUGUUCAAAAUGUGGCGUAAUACGUCAAAAAUUUGCUGUAAUCUCAUAACAAAUUCAUUAAAAAAUAACUUAAGUCAAAAACAUAACAUAACCAAUAGCUUGAAGAAUAGUACAAAUGGGGCCCAGAUUUUACAAAUACGUUCACUAUUGACAACAAAUCGGAGUUAUAUGUUUAUUCAGACUCAGGAGACUCCAAAUCCAAAUAGUUUAAAGUUUUUACCGGGUCAGCAAGUUUUAGAGCCAGGUCAAACUAUUGACUUCCCAAAUGCUUCAUCUGCACAAUGCUCCCCAUUAGCCAGGCUAUUAUUUCGAAUACAGGGUGUAAAAAGCGUUUUUCUUGGGCCUGAUUUUAUCACAAUUUCAAAAAUUGAUGAUGACGUAGAGUGGAAGUUAAUAAAACCAGAAGUUUUUGCAACUAUCAUGGAUUUUUUUGUCAGUGGUUUGCCUGUGUUGAGUAAUGCUACACCAAAUCCCGACACACAAAUUCAAGAGGAUGACAGUGAAAUUGUGCAAAUGAUUAAGGAACUGUUGGACACUAGAAUAAGGCCAACAGUUCAAGAAGAUGGGGGUGAUAUUAUUUUUAGAGGGUUUGAAGGUGGGAUAGUUAAACUGAAGAUGCAAGGUUCCUGUUCGAGUUGUCCCAGUUCAAUUGUCACUCUCAAAAAUGGUGUACAAAACAUGUUGCAGUUUUAUAUUCCUGAAGUUGUGGCAGUAGAGCAAGUUAAUGAUCCAGAAGAUGAAGUUGCCAUCAAAGAAUUUGCAAAACUUGAAAAUACAUUGAAAACAAAGGAAUAAUAAAAAUAUACAAGUUAAUAUAAACCAAGAAGUUGAUUGUGAUAAUUUAUUUGAAAUGUAUAACUAAGAUUAUUUUGUGUUUUCAGUAACUAAUAAAUUAAAUAAAAUAUA